UUAAAUCUGUCUGUGGGAAACCCGGAGACAUUAUUUGUGCGACUUCUCAACCACCCGCAAUCAAGGUGUUAUAAUUUUAAGCUCAAAACAAAUAGUUGUAAGCCGUUUUAUUGGGCCACCAGUGGUGCUAUAUAAAAGGCGGAUGAUUUCUAUUAACGAUCGGUAAUUUGUGAGCGUUAAUGUUUUAACGUAAACGUGAACCGAAAAUAGUCUUCAAAAACAAAAGAGAAACCGAAUUACUUACAAUCUUUAAAAAUAUACUAACAUUAGAGAUAUCGACAGAAAAUAUUUAAAAGAAAAUGAGUGAGAAAGGGAGCCAGGAUACUUGCAGCAGCAACAGUGAAGCUGAAAAAUAUGAGAUGGUACCUCCUGAAGGGGGAUGGGGGUACCUCGUGUGCAUCGGUCUGUCUGUCAUAUUUAUUGCAGGCACAGCCCACCAGCCGGUGUUUGGGUUUAUUUACAACGACUUUCUUGACGAUUUGGGUGUCGGAACUGGUGCAGUCACAGUUGUCUUUGGAGUUUUCCAAGUUACUUUAGCUAUUUCCGGAUUCUCAGCAAAUAUAGCGCUAAAGAGGUUAUCAUUACGUCAAGUCGGUCUUAUCGGAGCCUUUAUAUACACCGUAGCUUCAUUUUUGGCAAUCUUUGUGGUAUCUACAACACAACUUAUCAUAACUAAUGGAUUCCUACAAGGCUUAGGAAUGGGGCUACUCAUACCCGUUUCAUACACAAGCUUCAAUAGCUACUUUACGAAGAAAAAAGUGCUUUAUCUUAGUCUGUGUAAGGCAUCUAUUGGGUUGAUAACGAUGGUUUACCCAUUAUUCAUCAAGUUUACAAUAAAUGAGUUCGGGUUCCGAGGGACUUUAGCAAUAUUGUGCGCUAUAUCUGCGCAUAGUAUAUUUGGGGCAAUGGUAAUGCAUCCUGUUCAAUGGCAUAUGGUUAAACAGCUGAAAUCAUGCGAAAAAAUUGUUUUGAUCCCUCCAACCCCGGUUAUUGAAUCAGGAAAAGACAAAUUCGAGUUCAAAGCAAACGGUCAAAAAGCGGACAACACGAAGUCGGUAGAAAAUUUGUUCCUUUAUAACCGAGCAGAAUGCGCCAGGAAAGGGUCGGAAUGGCUCUUAGUACCGAAAUUACACGAUUCCAGACGAUUAAGUAUUCCUGUGGUUUUGAUACCCAGUGAUCGUCGAAGUGGCAAUUUCGAUUCCAGUGACAAUGUGUACUUGGAGAAUUUAUAUAAAGCCGCUUCGGUUUCAAGUUUGGGUAAUUUUGGAAGCAUUGCAGCUGAACCUAUGCCUAUCAUUAAAAAUAAAGAAGGAAAAUGGCAAACAGUGGCCGAGUUUCUGGAUCUUACGUUAUUAAAGGAUCCCAUCUACGAUAAUAUUAUUGUGGGAAUGGCACUCACAUUCUUUGCCGACCUCACCUUCUUUACAUUAGAGCCUAUGUUUCUACAUAAAAACAAUCUAAGUCAAUCGGAGAUAGCGAACAUAAUUUCCCUGGGUGGAGCGACAGACAUGGCGGCCAGGCUCCUGCUCGGAAUAUCAGGCCAGUUUUUCAGAAUGGACAGUCGGUACAUGUUCUUCAGUGGAGCUUUGUUCGCUGCUGUUUUUCGAGUAGUGCUCAUUCAAUUCACAACCUACCUACCAUUACUGAUUAUCACCGGCAUUCUAGGAGGUCUAAGAUCGCUAGUACAUAUAGCCCAGCCCAUCGUAAUGGCCGACUAUGUACCGAUUGAGAGAUAUCCUUCUGCUUAUGGCCUUUAUAUGCUGUUGUCUGGUGGACUUAGUUUGAGCAUUGGACCUAUGAUCGGUUUCGUCCGUGACUACACCGGAAGUUACAGCGUCGCGUUCUCUAUGCUGGCCAUUUGCAACCUGUGCUGCGUAAUACCCUGGACCGCUGAAGCCAUUUUUAGGCUCACUUGCAGAAAGGGACCUAUGAAGUCUUUGGAAACGUGAACCUGGCCUAGGUUACUUUCGGGAAUAUUUAAUUGUCUUGGAUAAAUGACAAUUAUUGAAUUGGUAUUAAUCGGUUGGUUCAGUGGAUUUUCGAGACACUGACUUUCUAAUUGCCACUAUUAUAUGUAUUUACGUGGUGUUUUAGUUUAGUGCAAAAAAAAAUAUAUCUUAUGAUAUUCGAUUUUAAAAGGUUGAUUUGUGUGAAAUCGAUGAGAUUGCGGGUUUUAUGUAGGAACCAGGGUUGUUGUGAAUAUCAGCAUAAAUUAAAAUAUCAGCAUCAGACUCCGCAUUCAUUGCGGAUGUUGGCGUCGUGACAUUAAUAUACAAACCAUUCAGAAACAGGCUGCAAGCCGAAAAAGCAGCUCAGCUUUCGUGCUUACCUUUGAGAAAAUUCCAGUAUAGUUAUACUAGGCAGACUGAUCGGUUUCUAGGUUGAUUUUUUGUUUAAAUAUCGAGUUCUUAGGUUUUUGCGAUUGUUACAUAUCGGAAAUGA